CAUGGAGUCGCGGUUUUGUAACAAGCAAUCAGUCUACAAGUUCCUCGGUCUGUGCUACUUUUUGCUAACAAUAAUUUUUGUACACCGAUCAAAUGUGUCGUGGGGAACGCAGUUCAAGCGAAUUCCGAGCAGUAAUUUAUCACAAAUGCCGGUCGUUGCGAAACAACAGCUGUACUUUCUGAAAACCUCCAAGUGCCAGAUCCCCUAUGUGGAUCCUUUUAGCGACGAAGUGAUGAAAAUAUACAAGCCGCAAACACUAGUAACCUGCUCAAAUGAGACCGACCUCAUAACGACUUCAUACAACAAGUACACCCAUCGACAUGUCUUGCACAUCGACGAAAAAGUCGCUCUUCGUUUGCUGAACUUCACGGACGCGGAUUACAAUUGCUUUUACAGGGAAAUUCAAUAUGGUAAAAAAGCAGAUACCUAUGAUAAUCUCAAGGAGAAGAAGUACUUUACCAAUGGAUACGAGGUGCCCCAGCACGUGGACGGGAUGAUUGUGGAGUGCCAGUCUGCUGAGAACCCAAAGGUGGUGCUCCAAAAAGAUGCAUUUGUUUUCGUUCAGUAUCAGCCGCUGACCAAGGACCUCAGGAAGCCGAAGGGCACUAGGAAGCCGAGUGUCAUAAUGUACGGCAUCGACUCGCUUUCGCGAAUUAACCUACGCCGCACCAUGCCCAAGGUCUUUAAGUUCCUGCAAGGUCCCGGGUGGUACGAGAUGCAGGGAUACAAUAAGGUGGCCGACAACUCCUUUCCCAAUAUACUUGCCAUACUAAGUGGCUACUCCGCCGAUACAGCCAAGGAACAGGUGUGCGACACUGACGAAAAGGGCUGCCUGGAUGAAAUGCCGAUGAUAUGGAAGUACUUCAAGAACGCCAGCUACCUGACGGGUUAUGCGGAGGACGAGAGUGGAUCGAAUCAUUUCAACUACCUAAAGCCCGGCUUCUCCAAAAAGCCCAUGGACUACUACUUCCGCCCGAUGCUACGGGCUCUGGAAUCGGAGCUGGACGUGUACCGACUGCCGGAGCACGACUACAUGCGCUAUUGUCUGGGCCGCAGGAUGGCGAAUCGUUAUAUAUACGACUACGGCAGACAGUUCACGCACCGCUUUGUCCACGAACGACCCAUUUGGGGAAUGUUCUGGUCGAAUCAUUUCAGUCACGAUGACCCCUUCAUGCCCUCGGCCAUGCAGGAAAAGGUUCUCGGGGAUCUGCUCGAGUUUCAAGAGGAAGGGGACUUUGAGGAAAUGAUCAUGGUAUUCUUCGCCGAUCACGGCACCAGAUUUGGCAAGUUAACGGAGCUGAAGGAUGGCUUCCUGGAGGAGCGGCUGCCCAUGAUGUUUAUUUACCUGCCCCCCUGGUUUCGGGAGACAUAUCCCUCGUACGUGAAGGCACUAGAACUGAAUCAGCACAGGCUGUGCUCCAACUUUGAUCUGCACAACACCCUGAAGCACAUCGUCGAGAUUGGAGGUACCCCAGACGGGCCAAAACUACCCGGGUCCUUUGACUGUCCCACCUGCCAGUCGCUGUUUUAUCCCCUUCCCGAGGAUCGCACAUGUUUGCAGGCGGGCAUCGCGGAGCACUGGUGCACCUGCCAACCCUACAGGCCCAUCACAGGACGGGCAUGGACCAAGCCCAUUGCCCAUGCGGUGAUCGAUCGGAUGAACGAGUAUUUCGUUCGCAAGAAUCUCAGCCAGCUAUGCAGCAAUCUGACGCUAAACUACAUCCACAAAACUGAGAUUCAAAUUGGUCGGGGUAUGAACUGGGCCGAAGAACUCAGGGAGCAGGAGACCGCAGUAUACCGCAUUAAGUUCAAGGUGAAUCAAAAUAGUGCUGAUUUCCAGGCCACCGUGGUCUACAACAACUCCACCCAGAAAGCUGAAGUGGAUGUGGAGAUGAUCAGCAGAACCAACUCAUACAAGGACGACUCAGCCUGCAUCGAUGACAAGCUCAGCAAACUGUAUUGCAUUUGCCUCAAGGACCUCAAGUCAUAGCUAAUAGUGCUUACUUCAGCUUGUUAUAGUAAUCUUUUAUCUUUAAGUAAUGAUUAACUAGUUAAAGAAAUAUAAGUUGUCAUACAAACGCGUGCCACGAAAUGGGCCUACUUCGGUGAUAAACAAUAA